GUGGAAUUUUGUAGUAAAACAUUAUUUGUCUGUGGCGUAAGUUUGUUCGUGAUCUAAGCAAAGGUGGAUAUUAAUCUGUGUGAAUCCUGUAAUCUAUUGAAAAUCGCGAGUUUUGAAAAAUGAACGCCUUCCCAGGUACUUUUGCUUUUGAUGAAUAUGGUCGGCCUUUUAUUAUAUUGCGGGACCAGGAGCAACAAAAACGGAUUACAGGCACAGAAGCUAUUAAGAGCCACAUCUUAGCUGCCCGCCAAAUUGCUUCCACCAUAAAAACUUCUUUGGGUCCCAAAGGUUUUGAUUUAGGUGAUUAA